AGCCCAUCAUGAACUCCUCUCGUUUCAUCCGCCCAUUCGCGCGGGCUAUGCGCGCUCCCACCUUCGCCCGGCCAUCGGUCAUGGCUCGCCCGGCUCUCGCUGCCACCCAGACCAAGGUCCAGCAGAAGGAGGCUCCUAAGCAGAUGACCGUUCUCAAGUCUGCCAUGCCCCAGCUCAUCCCCUUCUUCUUCGUCAACGAGACGACCAUGGCCUUUAUCUUGAUCCCUUCCCUCAUCUACGUUUUCUCGAAGUACAUCCUUCCCCAGCGAGUCCGCCUUUUCGCUGCCCGUCUCUUCAUUAGCAAGUUGUAGAGGAGGAUGGCCGUGUAAAUUAGCCCAAUACGAGAGGAUGGACAAUCGAAUGGGAGCUCAUGUCUGAAAAUUGAAAUUCAUUCCUCUUGAGGGUUGAAGAUGAACUUGAUUCGCUGAUUGCAUGACGGAGAUAUCGAUUGUGUGAACUGAUUAGAUUUCGAAGCAAAGAACUUUCUAAUACAGGAUCUUUGACUACACCAAAUUUAUAGCGUUGUACAAGACGUCUGGGGCACAGCGCGCUGUUUGCAAAUACGCAUCUUCAGAAUCUGAAACUAUGCUGACUCACAAUGUUAUAUUCC